AUGUGUGGAAUUUUUGCAUAUAUUAAUCAUUUAACGCCGAAGUCUAGGCGAGAAAUACUGGAGUUAUUGGUGAAUGGAUUAAAACGCCUAGAAUACCGUGGUUACGACUCGGCAGGCGUUGCUAUUGAUGCUGCCGAUUUAAAAGAUAUAGCUGUAGUGAAACAAAGCGGCAAAGUAGCCGCUCUUGAAGAACUUCUGCAGCAGCGUAGUGUCGAGCUGUCUAUUGAUGAAUGCAUCGAGUCUCACUGCGGUAUCGCUCACACACGAUGGGCUACUCACGGAGAACCAAGUGCUGUCAACUCUCAUCCACAGAGGUCUGGAGAUGACAACGCCUUCGUUGUCAUCCAUAAUGGAAUCAUCACUAAUUAUAAAGAAGUGAAACAAUUUCUGGAAAACAAGGGAUAUGUUUUUGAAUCCCAAACUGAUACUGAAGCAAUAGCCAAACUGAUUCAUCACUUGUAUCAUCAACAUAAAGAUUAUAGCUUUCAGCAGUUAGCUGAACAGGUGAUUAAGCAAUUAGAAGGUGCUUUUGCCUUGUGUUUUAAAUCUCGCUACUUUCCUAAUGAGUGUGUGGCUACUCGCCGAGGUAGUCCUUUACUUGUGGCUAUUAAAACACGCCGACGCCUCUCUAGUGAUCAUGUACCUAUUAUGUAUACCAAUAAUAAAGCUACAAGAGGAGUUGUCCCAUCUGUGCCCCGAGUAAAUAGUCACUCACACUUCCAUCCCGAAGAAGAACGAGACGUUGAAUAUUUCUUUGCAUCUGAUGCUUCAGCAGUUAUUGAACAUACUAAUAGAGUACUGUACUUUGAGGAUGAUGAUGUGGCUCAUAUUAAAGAUGGGGUACUGAGCAUACACCGUUUGUCUGGCAGUAAAGAUGAUCCUAUUCAACGUGAAAUCUUAACCUUGAAAUUGGAACUGCAACAAAUUAUGAAAGGAAAUUAUGAAUAUUUCAUGCAAAAGGAAAUCUUUGAGCAACCUGAGUCUAUAGUGAAUACAAUGAGGGGUCGUCUAAACUUUGCGAAUGGUACGGUUACCUUGGGUGGCAUUAAGGAUUACAUACCUGAGAUAAAGCGGUGCAGAAGACUUAUGUUGAUAGGAUGUGGUACGAGCUAUCACAGUGCUGUUGCCACACGUCAGCUUCUUGAAGAGUUAACAGAGUUGCCUGUUAUGGUAGAGUUGGCAUCUGACUUCUUAGACCGCAACACACCUGUGUUCCGUGACGACGUUUGCUUUUUCAUUUCCCAAUCAGGAGAAACUGCUGACACAUUAAUGGCUCUUCGUUAUUGUAAACGUCAUGGUGCUCUUAUAGUAGGCAUCACCAAUACAGUUGGGAGCUCAAUUUGCCGUGAAUCACAUUGCGGUGUUCACAUCAACGCCGGUCCUGAGAUCGGUGUUGCAUCUACAAAAGCCUACACCUCACAGUUUGUUUCCUUAGUCAUGUUUGCUCUCGUAAUUAGUGAAGAUCGCAUUUCUCUGCAAAAAAGACGCGCCGAUAUUAUUGAAGGUCUACACGAAUUAGAUGGGAAAAUUCGUCAAGUACUAGCUUUAGAUAAAGAAGUAAAAGCCUUAGCGCAAGAUUUGUACCGUCAACGGUCUCUACUAAUAAUGGGUCGCGGCUACAAUUUCGCUACCUGCCUUGAAGGGGCCUUGAAAGUUAAAGAAUUAACAUACAUGCACAGUGAAGGAAUUAUGGCGGGCGAAUUGAAACACGGUCCCCUCGCUCUUAUCGAUGAUUCCAUGCCUGUUAUGAUGAUUGUAAUGCGUGAUCCUGUAUACACAAAAUGUAUGAAUGCACUGCAACAGGUAACUGCACGUCAAGGUCGUCCUAUCGUAAUAUGCGAAGAAGGUGACACAGAAACAAUAAGCAUGGCCUCACAAUCCUUGCAAAUUCCUAAAACCGUGGAUUGUCUUCAAGGAGUACUAACGGUAAUACCGAUGCAACUCCUGGCUUAUCACAUAGCUGUGUUGCGUGAUUGCAAUGUAGACUGCCCUCGCAAUCUAGCUAAAUCGGUUACUGUAGAGUAA